GCAUUUUGGAUUUGUUCGACGAGAGAAGAAGAAGAAGAAGGCCGCUAAAAUAACAAAAAGAACCUCAUUCACUCCCUUGGAAACCCUAAAUUCUCCCCCAAAUAAAUUGUUCAAUAAAGUUCUCGACUCCGAGCUGUUUAGAGUUGUUCGAGGGUAUCUCUGCGAGAAAAAAAAAAUCAGGUCCAUUGUCCUUGCAACAGAGUACGAGAUACACGGCAGAGACUAACCAGGGAAUAUGGCUGUUGAUGGCCACGUAAAACCUGUGUUUCAUGAUAACAGUGAUGUCAUUGAUGACGAUGAUGCACCUGUAGUUUUCAGAAGAACAAGUGCUGCAUCCAAGAAAAAUCAGUUAAAUUCCGCCUCCAAGAAGCCAUCUUCCCAGAAGCCUGAAGAAACUCGAGGAAGGCCUAUAGAAAGUCAAAGUGCUUGUAAUGGUGAGAGCUCAAGUUUGCACAAGAAUAAAGUGACCUCUACUGCUAACGUGUCAACUGAGAAGUCUGGUGCAGUGUGCUCUAAUUUUGGUGCUUCAGUACCCAGUCAAUCAAAUCAUUCAUCAAGAAACAGAUCAUCGAGUAGUGGCGCAAAAAGUUUGCAUACAAACACUUGUGAUGAAGUUGAAGAUUCUGAUGACUCUGAUGAUGACAAGCCAUUGAGCUCCAGAUUUAAUACAGCUUCUGUUGCACUUCAGAAAGCAUAUUCUAUAGAUCACCAGAAAGUGGCUCAAGGCUCACUGGAAAAUAAAGCAAGAGGUGAAGGUGCAGAUAAGAUGAUUUUGGAUAAGUCAUGCCCCAGAAGUGUAGUUUCUGAUGAUUCUGACGACGAACAACCCUUGAGUGCCAGAUUCUCCUCUCCUUCAGGGGCAGUUCAAAAAAGCAAUGAAUCUCCUGUUCCUACUUCAACUCCAUCACAGAAGAUAAAAGCAACAUCUUAUUAUUCAGAAGAUGAAAAACCAUUGCUUUCCAGACUUUCAAAGUCCAGUGUUGGCACGACUAUAAAGAAAUUCAAAUCUAUGAAGAAGCCUUUGGCUACUGAUGGCUCUAAUAAGACAGAAAGCAGUGAUCUGAAGCCUCAAAGAGGUUUAAACAGGAGACCUCUCGGGGAUAUCAAUCAUUCAACUGAGUCGUCAUCUAAGAAGGCAAAACUGUCAAGUGCCUCUGUUCCUGGAAAAGUUAGAGAUGAAGCUGUUGUGAAGAACGAAGAGAAAGAUGAUGAUGACCACAUUCCGAUUGGACACAGAAUCAAAAAAGUCAGUUCCUCCAACAGCCAAUCAUCCAUAAAGAAGGUGGAGAAGACAACUUCUUCAUCUUUUAAGAGAUACAGCAAGUCAUUCAAGAAAGACAGCAAGGCGAUGAAAAAGACGAUGAAGAAGACAAUGAAAAACUCUAAACGCUCAAAAUCUAUUAAAGUGCCGCCUGGGUCAGAUGGAGGACAGAAGUGGAUGACCUUAGAGCACAAUGGUGUUAUUUUCCCCCCUCCAUACAAGCCACAUGGGGUUAAAAUGCUAUACAAUGGACAGCCAGUUGACUUGACUCCUGAGCAAGAGGAGGUUGCAACAAUGUUUGCGGUAAUGAAGGACACUGAUUAUGCCACCAAACCAACAUUUAUUAAAAACUUUAUGAUGGAUUGGAGGGAAAUACUUGGCAAAAAACAUAUCAUUAAGAAAUUUGAGCUCUGUGAUUUCACUCCGAUCUAUGAAUGGCAUCUGAAGGAGAAAGAAAAGAAGAAGCAGAUGACCUCAGAAGAAAAGAAGGCCUUGAAAGAAGAGAAAUUGAAACAAGAGGAGAAGUACAUGUGGGCUGUUGUUGAUGGAGUGAAGGAGAAGGUUGGGAAUUUCAGGGUUGAGCCGCCAGGAUUAUUCCGAGGGCGUGGAGAGCACCCAAAGAUGGGAAAGCUCAAAAGGCGCAUUCGGCCGAGAGAUAUUACAAUCAAUAUUGGAAAAGAUGCUCCAGUUCCAGAAUGUCCAAUUCCUGGUGAAAGGUGGAAAGAAAUAAGACAUGACAAUACCGUUACAUGGCUAGCAUAUUGGAAUGAUCCUAUAAAUACCAAAGAGCUUAAGUAUGUCUUUCUGGCAGCAAGCAGUUCACUGAAAGGUCAAAGUGACAAAGAUAAGUACGAGAAGGCUAGGCUUUUGAAGGAUUACAUAGAAGGCAUACGUGCAACCUACACGAAGAAUUUCACUAGUAAAGAUCCUACCAAGAAACAGAUUGCCGUGGCCACUUACCUCAUUGAUAAGUUAGCACUGAGGGCAGGCAAUGAAAAAGACGAUGAUGAGGCAGAUACUGUUGGUUGCUGCACCUUGAAGGUGGAGAAUGUUACGUGUGUUCCUCCAAAUAAGUUACAGUUUGACUUCCUUGGUAAAGACUCGAUCAGAUAUUUCAAUACUGUGGAGGUUGAGGUGCCUGUCUAUAAAGCAAUUGGAGAAUUUCAAACUGCUAGAAAAAGCGACGGCAAAAGAAAGGCUGGUGGUGAUGACCUUUUUGACAUGUUGGACACGAGUAAACUCAAUGCUCAUUUAAAGGAACUCAUGCCUGGUCUUACUGCAAAAGUCUUCCGUACGUUUAAUGCAUCUAUUACCUUAGAUUCCAUGUUAUUUGAAGAAAUAAAGGAAGGCACCCUACCGGAGAAAAUUGCUGUUUAUCAGAAAGCUAACAAAGAGGUUGCAAUUAUAUGCAAUCAUCAACGCAGUGUCUCAAAGUCUCAUGACGCUCAGAUGUCAAGAUUGAAUGAGAAAAUAGGCGAGCUAAAGGCACAAAAGGAGGAGUUGCAAGUGGAUUUGAGUAGGGCCAGGAAAGGGAAGCCUCCACUUAAGGAUAAAGAUGGGAAACCAAAGAAGAACUUGUCUCCCGAAGUGUUAGAGAAGAAGCUUAGUCAGGUAGAGGCAAAGAUAGAGAAAAUGGAAUUGGAUAAAACGAUCAAAGAGGAUUUAAAAACGGUAGCAUUAGGCACAUCAAAGAUCAAUUAUCUUGAUCCAAGAAUAUCAGUUGCAUGGUGCAAGCGUAAUGAAGUUCCCAUAGAGAAGAUAUUCAACAAGUCCCUUCUUGCAAAAUUCACAUGGGCCAUGGAUGUUGAACCGAGCUACAGAUUUUAAAUUUAACUUGGCUUGAAAGGUUUGCCUCCAUUCCAGAUGUAGUGGGAGAAAAAUUCCCACUUCUCUGCCUCAAAUUUAUCUCAAAGUGAGAAGGAAAUAGAGGCAAAUUAGUUCAUCUUCUUCUUCUCCCUUUUUUUUGUGGGUGUAACAGUGGAGAAUCCUCAGGCAUAGCUUACCUCACACACACAGUGCAAUCCUCGGCUCCAGGAAACUUUUGUAACUUUAUAAACGGACAGUUCGGUUAUGUUGAUCAUUAUCGUUAAUGCAUCGAGCUGUUUUUGAAGUUUAUAUCUUUUUCUAGCACGGGCUCAUUAAUUUGAAAGAUUUUAAUAUACUUAUUGUUGGUUCAUAAUCAAGCUAACACCGAUCGGAACAGCCAUUGAGUUGAAAGAUUUUAAUAUACUUAUUGUUGGUUCAUAAUCAAGCUAACACCGAUCGGAACAGCCAUUGAGUGUACGACUGCACGCAUUCUGGCUCUUUCCCCAUCUUAUUCACAAAUAUUGUAGCUUGGUUUUGAAUAUAGCAAAAUUUUUGGCGGCUAGAUACAUGGAUGGAUAUACGCAUGAAUUGAUUGAUGAAUCCGUGGAAGAGUUAUGCAAGGCAAAUACUGAAUAAUUAUCUACCAUCGUUGGUGUGAGGAUUUUGAGAGUGUAGAGUGGUAUGGAGGUACUAUUGGGUAUUAUUGAACUACGGAUUCGUUGAUAUUCUGGAUGUAUAUAAUGAUGUGGAUGUAGAUAAUUCUCUUUUGUAUUUCCUUGUAGCAACUUUAGUUAAAACAUUGAUAUGUUAAAGGUCUCUAGUUGAAAAAUUA